AUGAGUACACUAAAAAAUGUUCAACGAAAUAUAAUUGCUGCUAUAUUUUUAUCAAGUGUUGCAUAUGGUCAAAUAUUUUAUUGUUAUGAAGCUAAUUUAACCAAUACUCCACUUCAAUGUAAUGGAAAAAGUACUUGGGAACGUUCAAAUAAUAUUAAUCUAUUAUUUUUAUUAACUUAUGUAACUAAUGGAAUACCAUUUUAUAUUUACACAUUAAGUGGUGGAACUAUUUUUCGAAAAGCACUACGUGAUUUCGCAUUCGAUUAA